GGUGCAACUGCAAAUAACAAGCGAGCAAAUAAAGCAUACCGCCGCGCCGCGCGCCGAGUCGAUCAAAUUCAGACUGAUUCAGACUGAUUCAGACUCGAUCAGACUCGUUUGACAGAUGCGUUUCAGAUGAUCCGAAACAUUCAACAACCAAAUCGACAUAAUGAAUUCGAGUUAGUGUGUUUUUAGUGAUGUCGCAUGUCGUGUCGAACUUUACAUAGUUAUGGAGGAUAGUAUGAGCGUUAAGUCAAUGGAAUCAGUGGCAACAAGCGAUGAAUAUGAAUUUGUAAACGAUAGAGGCAACGGGAAACAGCAGCAAACAUUGAUUGAACUACCAAUGUUAAAAAUUGCCAACAACGGCAAUUUGGAAGAUCUUCAGAAUAAUCUCCGCGAGGUGUUAACAGAAGACUCAAAAAUGGAAAGUAACGAGUACAAAAUUGUAAGCAGCGGACAGCAAAAUCAAGCAAAAGCGAAAAAAGUAGGGCAUAGUAAAUUUUACGAUGUAACUUGUUGCAUUGUUACUUCAGAGAAACAAGAUAUCAUGAAACCAGAAGAUUUUCAUGACCAAGAAGUAAAUUCUCUGGCCCAUGUACAACAAGAAUGUACUAUUUUCAAUGGUGUAACUUAUUUGGGCUCGACAGCAAUAAACGUACCAAAAUCUGAAUCUGAAAUACAACGCAAUAUGAAUAUCUUAAAUGCAGAGCAGACCCUUAAUUUAGGAAUAAAGGUUUCUGUUUCUGUGCCUAGUAGUUCUCAAGGUUCUGUUGUUUUAUACGAUGCUGCUACACAACAUCCAAUUGCACAUUACGAGGUACAACGAAUUUUGUUUUACGCACGUGGUGAAAGCACCGGUCCAUGUGCAGCAUGUUUUGCUUUUACGUGGUCUCACGGGGAUACAUUGGAAUCUGCUAUAUACCAGUGCCAUGUUUUUCGAUGCGAUAUACCCGAAGCGGUAGGACAAGUGUCUGCUUGUUUCUCUAAAGCUUUUCAUAGAAUACCGCGAUCAAUGACCAGUUCUUUAACAGGAAGCGAUUUCAAUGGUUUCAAUAUUGGAAGUGAGAAAACCAAUUCACGAGUAUUUAUUUUUGAAGUGAUAAUGGAGAUAAAAGAAGAGGAUGGAAAGGGUGGUUUUAGUACAGUUCCUAAAGAUAGAAAUUGCUUCAAGCUGAGGAGUAAUGUAGCUAAACAAGUAUGUUUAAGCAUUCAGCAAGUAUCGAGCAAAGAAGGAGGAAUUACGCUUGAAGUUGAAAGGUGCUUUGGAGUUCUUGUUAGCCCUGGUCGUAACGUAAAGCACAGUGACAUGCGAUUACUUGAAAUGCAAGUGAAUGCUGGUCCAAUAGUCCAGGAUAAACAAUGUUAUAACAUAUGCGGCCACUGGGAUCCUGCAGAUCCAGCUCUAGAAGCUCUUAAUGUAGAAAUUCCUAGAGAAGGGAAAAUUUACAUGACAGUUGCCGUUGACUUAGUGAUACGCGGUAUUCGAGAACCUGUUAGAUUUAUAAUAGAAACUUCGGUCAAAGUAUUUCCACAGAACGAAAGAUUUUGGUAUUUUAAUAAACGAAAUCUUGUACAACAGUUUUAUCUUAAUUCAAAAGAGGUAAUAUCCGGGGAUGGAACGGAAGUUCACUAUGAAGUACAAAGUAUUGAAACUUCAGGGGAAUUAGACAGGAACAGAUUAAACCUUGCUCUUAAUUUAGCUUCGAUGAUUCGGUCACCAUCUUUGACUAGCAUUGACACACUAACGCCAAAGGAAGAAAUCGAUUCAGAUGGUGACGAACCAAUGUUAAGUGGUACAGGCGAGGUAUCAAAAGAUUGUUCCAGAGCUGAACUAGACAGUUGGGCGGAAGUUUUGGAAAGCUGGCAAGUUAACGAACAACGCCCAAAACUUCUCAUAAAACUUACGAAACAGGGUAUUCCCGAAGCUCUGCGUGGGGAAGUAUGGCAACGUUUGAGUAAUUGUGAUAAUUCACAAGAAAUGAUGGACAAAUAUAGAACUUUAAUUACCAAGGAGAGCAGUUGUGAAAGUGUUAUCUUAAGAGAUAUUAAUAGAACAUUUCCUGCCCAUGACUAUUUUAAAGAAACAGGUGGUUUGGGACAAGAUUCUUUGUAUAGAAUAAGCAAAGCAUACGCAGUCUAUGACGAAGAAGUUGGAUAUUGUCAAGGACUUAGUUUUCUAGUUGCUAGUUUAUUACUUCACAUGCCGGAGGAACAGGCUUUCUGUGUUCUGGUUAAAUUGAUGUACGACUACGGUUUGAGAGAUUUGUACAAGGAUAGAUUCGACAAUCUCCAUAUGCGAUUUUAUCAGCUGAAUAGAUUGAUCGAGGAUCAGUUGCCAGAACUUUAUAAACAUUUCUGUGAUCGUGGCGUAGAAACACACAUGUUUGCUGCACAAUGGUUUUUAACGUUAUUUACCGCCAGGUUUCCACUUUAUCUCGUUUUCCAUAUACUCGACGUGUUCCUUUUGCAAGGGCUCGACACAUUAUUUCAGGUCGCUCUUGCAUUAUUAAUGUUAUGUAAAAAGGAACUGCUCCAAUUGGACUUUGAAAGUAUAUUAAAAUACUUCCGGGUACACUUGCCUAAACGUUGCCGAAACGAAGAAGUAUCACGCUACGUAAUGAAGUUAGCUUGCUCGGUUACUUUAAAGAAGUUGAAGAAGUACGAAGCAGAGUUUAUGACGCUAAAAGAAGCACAAGAAAAUGCGGAUGAAUACAGUAACGAGGUAGAACAGCUACGUGGUACAGUGGCGAGGAACGAGGAAGAGAAACAAAGAUUAGAAGCUGAAUUGAUUCAGAUUAAAGAGAUGUUGCAACGGGAAGUGGCUAGAGCAGAUUCGGAAAGUCGACGAAGUAAUAUUAUCAUUGCUGAAUACAAACAGAUUUGCCAACGUUUAGAGGAUGAUUAUAAUGCUGCCAAAACAACACUGAGCGAGUUACGGUCUAAAGUUUCCAAGUGCGAAAAAUGUAGGAGUUGCAUAAUGGAUUCGUCCAACAUAUUGGCAGACAUUGCACAUCCUUUGGAAAACAGGAUAGAUCCUAUGUUGCACAGAGUGCAGGAAAGGGUACGAGAAUUGGAAUUGGAAUUGGCCCAAACUAAGCUCGCUCACGUUGAGGCCGAAUGUAGAAAUCAGGACUUGACGCAUCAGUUGCACGCCACUGCCUCUGAACUUCAAGCGGCAAGAAAUAGCUGGCCAUGGCUUAGCAAAACGCUAUCGAGUAUAAAAGAAGCGGCUAAUAAGAGGGAAGUAAUCGGUCCAUCCUUGAUGAAAGAUUUGAGACGAGACAGCGCACCUGGAGGUGAAAUGCAUCACCUGAUACAUUCCCGUAAUCGCGAUACUCGCGAUAAUCUCAAAGAAAUUGUGUGAUGCAGUAAGUAUUUUGAUUCGAGUGCACACGUGCGUUCAAAGCAGAAUGGCUAUGUUAAAUCAGAAACACAUACUUAAUCAUUGAUAUGUAUAAUUACGCGUAUACGUAUAUAUAUAUAUAUAUAUAUAUAUAUAUACUUGAAUAUUAAAAUACAGUUACUUUAACUAGGGAAAGCGUUGGAAGAAGAACUUGUACGUUACAAGAAAGAGACUUAUGUCAGACACAAUUUUGAAUACACAAUGUACGUCCAUGAUUACAUGUAGUAUUCUAUUCAUUGUCAGUCUGUACUAUUCGUCGCGUGCUUUUAGCGAGGGCAGCUUUAUCCUACGACACUGAUAUUGAUCUUGAGAUAUUACUUGUUCAAGUUUGUUAUUUUUUUUUUUACUAUACUCAUUUUCUCCUCUCUAUUUUUUUAAACUCAAAUUCGGUACGUAUCUUAUUGUUAGUGAUAUUAUUUGACAGCUAAGUUUCGUGCUUUACACAGUGGUUCUAUUUCAAACGAUUGAUUCAGAGAUAAUGCGUAUAGAAAAAAGAAAUCGAAAAAACGUUUGCGAUAACAAUUAGCGAUAAGUUCACUACGUUUUGUAUGAAACUAGUCUAAGAUGUGGAAAACUAGAAGUGCUAUAAGAUCUACUGUACAUAAAUGGUACUCUCAGGCAACUAACAAACGUAACAUACUGCAGAUAUUGAAAAUUUCAUGUUCAGCGAACCGUGACAAGUGUGGAUCGUGUGUAUCCGCAAUUUCAUUUUACUUUUUCUACCAAUUUAUUACAACGACAUUCCAAAAGCACACGAGCGCGUACCUUUUUUUAUUCGAAUAACGUGUUAUUUUAAUUAAAGAUAUCGAGGAUUUAUCAAGCUAAAUGACGUACACGUUUUCAUAACUAAUUUUAUCACCGCGAUUAACGCUAAAUUAGUGAAGAAAAUUAGUAAAGAAAAAGAAACAUCACAUUGUACAACUUUUAUGUUCGACUAUUUCGUAAUGAUCUUAAUAAUCAUUUGAAAUGUUUUUUAUAAAGCAUAACAGCUUUAAUGAUAUAACGAUAUAGGUAGUGUAAUAUAAGACUAGUUGUAAUCUUUUCCCGAUAGUUUGAUUUUCUAUGUUUGAAAAUUCAUAAAUGACACGUACAAAACGUCCGGCUCAAAAAGCAUAUUUAAUUGCCGUUUGUGUUGUGUUUUGAUCAAAUCUAUAUACAUACAAGUGUGUAUGUAGGAAGUUAGACGUAAAGCCAUAAAUUAUGUUAAGGCACACCACCACUUAAGGUCAGAAUUGAAUCAGACGUUUCAUAAACAAUUCACUCGCGCGAACAAUGAAAUGAACGCUUUGAAAGUAUAUUUUAGAUAGCUAAACGUAGCUUCGUAAUUAGUGCCAUUCAUUCGACAAAACAAAAAAACCGAUACCGUAGAGUUAUCAACGAUUAAUAAAUAUCGUGCCAUUAUUUUGCAUCUUUCCUCUUUUCUAUCAUUUCUUCUCUGAAGAUGAUAAUUAUUUAAUUUAGAAUCGGUUUUAUAAUUAACACAGACACACAUACACACGUGUGCGCGCGCGAUGAAAGGCAAAGUUUCACCUUAGAGACUCGUACAGUAGUUAAUAAUAAAGAAUAAUAAUAAUAAUUAUAUGAAAUAAAGAAUAAUAUACUUUUUUCUGUAAAUACUAAAGAAACCAAUAUCUUAUCAGAGGCAAACUUACUAACAAGUCAUGUAAAGAUUUAGAAUUAUUACAUAUGUAUCACUGUACACCUUGUAAUGUCAUUCCACUAUUAAUGAAAUAAAGAAGGAUAUCAUAUCUGUCUAUUUCAUAAGGGUUUA